CCAGAAAGGUGAUACUCUCGGCGGAAGUCGUGUGUAUUCCACGCUGAAAGUGGACCGGAAGUUGCUAGGCACUCGUUAGGUUUGAGUUUUCUGGGCUUCUCUUUAGUGGUUCUUCCCGACGGCCCGGCGGGAUUUCAUGUAUAGGAAAUAACGACUCAGAGGAGGCGUUAUUUUGGCUGCUGGAUAGUAUUUUUUAAAAAAUAAAAUUUCGACGAUUUCUGCAUAAAUUACGGCUUAAUUCGGCGCCAGUUUGUGUUAAAGGGAAUAUUAUAAUUUACUUCAAUGGAAUGUUCCUUAACGAUGCACCCUCUUGUAUAACAUCGGCUUGCAUUGUCAGGGUGCUGGGUGAAGAUGCUACGAAAUACGAGAAAGUUGUUACUGGGUCCCCUCAAAGUGGUAUAUUUGCACAGUGAGUGUUUGUGUUGCAGAAAAACAAGAGCUCUAGCUAUAAACAACUUUAGCUGUUUGUAUCUUAGAAGGAAUUACAGUUCUUUGCCAGAUGAUGCAAAAUCUUUGCGCUCUAUCAUCACUCCACCAGUAUCCAAAAUCCGUAAUAUUGGUAUCAUGGCUCAUAUAGAUGCAGGAAAAACUACUACCACAGAGAGAAUGUUGUAUUACUCUGGGUAUACAAGAACGCUUGGAGAUGUUGAUGAUGGGGACACUGUAACUGAUUUCAUGGCACAGGAGCGAGAACGUGGCAUUACUAUUCAGUCUGCUGCUGUGACUUUUGAUUGGAAGGGAUAUAGAAUCAACCUGAUAGACACACCAGGUCAUGUGGACUUUACAGUGGAGGUUGAGCGUUCUCUGAGAGUGCUGGAUGGAGCAGUGGCUGUAUUCGAUGCCUCCGCUGGUGUGGAGGCACAGACCCUGACAGUCUGGAGGCAAGCAGACAAACACUGUAUACCACGAAUUUGUUUUUUAAACAAGAUGGACAAAAAUGGAGCAAGUUUCAUCGAUGCUGUUGAGAGUAUCAAGGAGAAGUUGAAGGCGAAACCUUUGCUAUUACAGCUGCCAAUUGGGGAGGCAAAGACCUUUAGAGGAAUAAUUGAUGUGGUGACCAAGGAGCAGGUUAUUUGGAAAGUUGCAACUGCGUUGGAUGAUGGAAAGAGUUUUGAGCGGAAGCCACUGAAAGAAACGGGGGACUCUGACUUGUUACAGGAUGCUCGUGAUGCAAGAAAUGCCUUAAUAGAACAAGUUGCAGAUCUGGAUGAUGAAUUUGCUGAACUGGUCCUUGGGGAUUUCAGUGAGAGUUUUGACUUAUUACCACCGGAUAAGCUGCAUUCUGCUAUACGAAGAGUAACCUUGGCCCAGAAAGCAGUACCUGUGUUCUGUGGAAGUGCACUGAAAAAUAAAGGUGUUCAGCCAUUAUUAGAUGCGAUCACCAUGUAUUUGCCGGCAGCAGAUGAAUGCAGCCAUGAUUUCCUCCAGUGGUAUGAAGGCGACUUGUGUGCUCUAGCCUUUAAAGUUCUCCAUGACAAGCAGCGGGGGCCAUUGGUUUUCUUGCGUAUUUAUUCUGGCACAAUGAAGCCUCAGUCAGCUGUCUAUAAUAUUAACAAAAACUGCACAGAGAGAAUGAGUCGCCUGCUACUGCCUUUUGCGGAUCAGCAGAUAGAGAUCUCUUCACUGACAGCCGGCAACAUUGCCCUGACGGUUGGGUUGAAGCAGAGUGCCACUGGAGACACCAUUGUUUCAUCAAAGGCUUCUGCGGAGGCUGCAGCCCAACAAGCUGGAAGAGAUGUGGGGUCAAAGCGUGGUCGAACCAGUGAAGUAAAGAACCUUCUCUUGGCAGGCAUUGAGAUCCCAGAGCCAGUAUUCUUUUGUACAAUCGAGCCACCUUCCAUGGCCAGGCAAGCAGAUCUAGACUAUGCCUUGGCUUGUCUGCAGCGUGAAGAUCCAAGUCUGAAAGUCAAAAUAGAUACUGAUACUGGGCAGACUGUCCUUUGUGGCAUGGGGGAGCUACACAUUGAGAUCGUUCAUGACCGAAUCAAACGAGAAUACAAACUGGAGACCUAUCUUGGACCUCUUCAGGUGGCUUACCGAGAAACCAUCCAAAACUCAGUUCAAGCUACAGAUACGCUGGACAGAACUAUAGGAGAGAAACGGCACCAGGUGACUGCCCACCUGCAAGUGAGACCAGGUGGAGGAGAAAUGGCACCAGUGGCACCAGUCAUUGAGUAUGCAGAAAACAUCCACGAUUCCCUCCGGCCAGACUUUCGUGAGGCUGUAGAAAAUGGAAUUAAUACCUCCUACCUUUACGGACCACUUCUAGGCUUCCCUGUGCAAGAUAUAAUUGUGACAGUGCUUUCGUUGGAGGCACACUCUGAUACAUCUCCGACAAUGGUUUCUGCUUGUGUUUCUCGUUGUGUGCAAAAGGCUUUGAAGAAAGCAGAUCAGCAAAUGUUGGAGCCUGUCAUGAACCUGGAAAUAACUGUGGGUGAAGAUCACCUGGGUGUGGUACUUGGUGACCUUGCACAGAGAAGAGGCAGCAUUCAGGAAAUUCAGAGUCGUCAAGAUAACAAAGUUGUGAUUGCAUCUGUCCCACUAGCAGAAAUGAUGGGCUACUCAACAGUUCUGCGUUCUUUGACUUCUGGCUCAGCCACCUUUACUCUGGCAUUGGCAAGCUAUCAAACAAUGAGCCUUCAUGAGCAAACGGCUCUGCUUAACAAGAAGAGUGGCUUGGCAUAACCUUGUGGCUGAAUGGAGGUGUGCUUUAGCAUGAGGAAGCAAAUGAUAUCUGCUAUUUUGCCAAGAUCAACGUGUGUGGCUGAAACUGUCUGCUACCAUUAAUUCAGUGGAAACAUUUGGGUAUGUUUACAAGAACUGGCAAGUGUCUUGCACAAUGCAUUUGAACACAUGCCUCUACUGGAGAUAAGACGGCCAUGAUUUGCAUUAUGCAGACACUGAAAAUAAAAGUACUAUCAUGUUGUAUAUCUUUCA